GCUAGGGAUUCAAAAGCAAUCCUCAUGUCAUUUGUGAACUUAAGACCAACAAUUAUGCCAUUAUUAAAAUACAGAGAAUGUUGAUGUUUUGCCUGCUUCCGAUUUGACAAAGAAGAUAUCAAGGAGAAUGAUGACCCGUUCAAAGUAAAGAAAAUAAAUAAAGAGAUUAAAAAGACUUUGGAAAAAUGACUUGGUUAUCUUUAAGUCCAAGGUCUUGAUCAAAAUUAAGUGCAGCCUCUGAACUUAACAGUUCUAACCUCUCUAGCUUUGCCUACGUUUCCAGGUCCUUUCCAAUUCACCCAUCUGUGUAUUAAUCACGCAACCCUAUUGUCGUCUCUCUGAACCAAAGCAUCCUUUAUCUCCUUCUUCUUUUUUUCUACUACUGGAUAAACUUGGUGCUUGUUGGUUCUCUGUUUUCCAAUAGUCUUUUCAACAUUAAACAAGAAGCAAUGAAACCCAAUACAGAAUUCAUAAUUGUCGUCCCCACUAAGCUUUAGCCUCUCCCUUUCAACUUUUAAACAAGAAACUACUCACACAGACAUGAAAGAAGAGCAAGAGUCUUUCCAUCAUAUUCACGGGAGCAAGAAAACAAGAUUUUCUUUCAAGCUCUUCCAUUCUCCUGCGGCGUACGUUAUCCUGUUUCUGCUAGCCUAUGCCCUGGGUUACUUGUCAGCCCCAUCCCCCAGCUUCCAGCCACCCUUAUCUCCGGAGCCUGCCAUCAAAAUCAUUGGACCGGCCAACAGCAUCCACACCCAACUCGACAACUUUCGAGUCACAACUCACUGCGCCAAGCCGCUUCCCUCUAGACUCGUCCGUCAAACGAUUCUUGAUCGAAUUUAUAACUCCACCUCGCCCUACGACAAUUUCCCUCCAGCGCAUGUCAGAAGUCUCCUUCGAGGCAAAAGAUUGAAGGGUUGGGGAUCAUAUGGCGCUGUUUUCGAACACCUCAUCCAAAGAGUGAAGCCUCAGGUGAUCAUAGAGGUCGGCACUUUCUUGGGCGCGUCGGCACUCCACAUGGCCGAGUUGACCCGUAAACUCGGACUUAACUCGCAUAUUCUCUGCAUUGACGAUUUUCGUGGGUGGCCAGGGUUUCGCGACCGGUUCAAGUACAUUGACAUGGUAAACGGUGACGUUAUGCUACUGUAUCAAUUCAUGCAAAAUGUUAUUUACACGAAUGCCACCAAAUCGGUUUUACCCGUGCCGUUCUCUAGCGGGUCGGCUCUGGAGAAACUGUGUGAGUGGGGCGUAUAUAGCGACUUGAUUGAGAUAGACGCGGGUCAUGAUUUUAAUUCGGCUUGGGCGGAUAUAAACCGAGCUUAUCGGAUAUUGAGACCCGGUGGAGUAAUUUUUGGGCACGAUUAUUUCACCGGUGCUGAUAAUAGAGGCGUAAGAAGAGCAGUUAACUUGUUUGCUCAAAUGAAUGGGCUUCAAAUUCAAACGGAUGGCCAACAUUGGGUGAUCGAUUCUCCUUCUAGUCCUAUAUCCUAAUUAGGGACUUGGCGUUACCGCUGUCAAUUGAGUAAAUUUUACCAGUCAUGUGCAGUACGUCAAGGAAGAAGACCAUAGAUGCAAGUGAAGUGCAAUACUCACUUUAUUUUAUUUUAUUUUUUUCACUUUUGGCUUUCAUUGGCUAUGCUUUUGAAUAAUAAUAAUAAUACAAUAAAGUUGGAGAGUGAUUUUGUCCUC